CCCGUGUUGAAUAGCAGCAGAGUGUAAAAAAACAAAACCAUUUUUUAAAACUCAACAAGUGUUCUUUAGUCUUGUCCUAAUGGAAUGGACUAGAGGAAGAAGAAUCCUAGGACGUGGCUCAACGGCCACCGUCUACGCCGCAACAUGUCACAACUCAAAAGAAACCCUCGCCGUCAAAUCCUCCGAGCUUCACCGAUCAGAGUUCUUGCAAAGAGAAGCCAAGAUCCUCUCGUCGUUGGAUUCUCCCUACGUGAUCGGAUACAGAGGAACAGAAGCCAAGAAAGAGUCAAACGGCGUCGUCACGUAUAACCUUUUGAUGGAGUACGCACCGUACGGGACGUUGACCGACGCGGCGGCGAAGAACGGAGGGAGGCUAGAGGAAGGUAUGAUCGUGAAGUACACGCGUGAGAUACUACUAGGGUUGGAGUAUGUUCACUCGCGGGGUGUCGCGCAUUGCGAUGUUAAAGGGAGUAACGUGGUUGUUGGGGAGAAGGGUGAGGCUAAGAUUGUUGAUUUCGGGUGUGCAAAGCGGGUCGACCCGGAAGUUGACUCCGGAGCGGUGAUGGGAACGCCGGCGUUUAUGGCUCCGGAGGUGGCGCGUGGGGAGGAACAGGGGAGGGAGAGUGAUAUAUGGGCGGUUGGAUGUACUGUGAUUGAGAUGGCUACGGGGUCUCCGCCGUGGACGGAGACGGGUGAGAGUCCGGUUUCGGUUCUUUAUCGGGUCGGGUAUUCGGGUGAGAGUCCGGAGCUUCCUUGUUUGCUUACGGAAGAAGCGAAGGAUUUCUUGGAAAAGUGUUUGAAAAGAGAAGUGAAAGAGAGAUGGACGGCUACACAACUACUAAACCAUCCGUUUUUGAUGACUAAACCGAACAUUGAACCGGUUUCCGGUUUGGUUACGAGCUCACCGACAAGUGUGACUGAUCAGACGUUUUGGAGAUCAGUGGAUGAAGAAGUAGAAGAGGAAGAGACAGAGGAAUUACAGGAGGAUUGGAGAAAUCUAGACCGUUUAAACUUGUUGGAUUGUUAUUCGGAGAGGAUCGGACGGUUGAGAUGUGUUGGUGGGUUGGAUGGGUCCAUAUUGGAUAUGGAAGGUGGUGGCUGGAUCACGGUGAGGGUGAGUUGUGAAGGAACAAUGAUUGGUGGGUCACAUGAGGAAAAUAUAUUGGAGGGGUUUGUAAAUUGAUUUGUGUCAUUUGUGUGAACUGUAGAAAGUAUAGGGGAUAUUGGUGAAGAUCUCCAGUUUAGGGGAGAUCAAUGUAGUAGCUUGUUAGUGUCCGAAUCUUCGAUUGAUCACAUGUAUAUAAUUGAAAUCACGAUUUUUUUUUAAAAAAACAAAUCCAAUUCAUCUAAGUUUGCAAAGUUAUUUUUGAUUCCUAUAGAGUUUCAAGGUUUGUUGGCCUGCA